AUGCACGUUGCCAGUGAGGAACAAGAAGACGUAAUCAUGGAUGAGUGGCAGAGAUCGCAAGCUUAUAUCUGGCAACUGGAAGAACGGGUCCGUCUGCUAGAGGAGGAAAACCAACAACUCAAUAACGAUCUUACGAAGUUCAGACUCCUCCCUUUCCCUUAUGAUUCCAUGGACGAUGAUUCUGUAGGGCCUAAAUAUCUCAAUCUCACAAGUCAAAUAAAGGACCUCCACACUCAAAAUUUGGUGAAAGCUCUAAGCGAAGCAAUGAGCAAAGCCACAUUGCACUCCCGAGAAGUCAAAAUAGGUUCCACUCUGCGAAGUCUUAGACCUCCACCAUCAGAACACCCGCAGUGCGAUGUUCAUGUGGCUAAUCCUGACAUCAUUACACAGCCCACACCCCCAGUUAAGGCUCGUUCAUAUACCUCGAAACAGUCACUAGCCACUAGUCGGUGUGCCCCAUUAUCACUCUCGGACAUAAGGCAGGACGUCCAAAGUGCAAGAGAAAAUUUGACCACUAUAGGAAUUAGUAUUCAUCGAGCAAAAGCCUUUCUUAAAGAUGUUCGGGAAGAUGCGGAAGUAUCAUCUAAAGCAGAUGCUGAUGUGCUUGAGGCACUGACAGCUGAACAAGAGGGGCACAGGUCGACGAAGGUCAAGCUUCAGGCAUUACGACAAACGCUACGUUCGGCGAUGGAACAAGACUAA